AUGUCACCACUGUUGAUGUCACCGGACGGCUCUCCAACUUGGAGAUGUUGCUACUUCCAUCACUCAACCUUUCAAAUCUUGAUCUUGAUCUACAUCGCCAACUACGCCUUACAGCAACAAAGAACCAACAUACAGACCUUUGUCAAUCACCAGGAAAACAUGUCCGACACCAACCAGUCGCAGCAGCCUAGCCUCGUCGCCGGGCACGCUCAAUACGUCAAGGGCCAGGCAGAGGCUGUCAUUGGCAACGUCACGGGCUCCGAGGCGUGGAAGGCGUCGGGCGAGCAGGACAAGGCCGCCGGCCAGGCCACGAUGCAAAAGGCCGGCGAGCAGCGAGACCCCUCCAGCGGGUACGGAAAGGUCGAGGAGCUGGCCGGCAAGGCCACGGGCUGCGAGGGCAUGCAGAGGGAAGGCGCCGAGAGCAAGUCGCAUAAUGAGUAG